AUGGGCCAAACAUUCAAGAAAAUUCACGCCAGCUCCACCGGCAAAUUCGACGGCAAUUCGGACAAGAUCCCCCAGUGGAUUCGAGCCAACGGGGGACAAUACUCCAAGGAUGUUAGCGAGAAGAUCACGCACCUAAUCACCACCAAAGAAGCAUUUAAGAAUGAUGUGGAGGCGAUCCGUAAAGCAAAGCGAUUUAAGAAUAUUAAGAUCGUUUCAUUUGAUUGGCUGGAGGAUUCGCUUCUGUCUAAGAAUCGACGACCGAAGCGUGAGAAGAAGUAUCUUUGGCACAAUAUACUUAAGAAUGAGAGGAAGAGGAAUAAUAAAAAGGGGAAUGAUAGGGAAGAGCAGAAAAUGAAUGGCGAGAAUGGCAAGAAGCGUGCGGAUAAACCGGAGAACGAAGAUCCGUUCAGAAAGAAGAGAAAGGGGGUGAAAGCCGGGACAGCAGUGUCAAGGUACCACCUCUAUACGGAUAAAGAAGCGAGAGUCACAUACAGUGCUACGCUUGCGCGAUUUAUGCUGAUGAGGAAUUCAAGGGAGAGAUACGUGGUCAAGGUCUACGAAUCCAACAAGGAACCGCACGUCUACGCCACACACCUCGAGUACAGUCGUAUCGGGAAGCAGCAAAGCGAACUCUUGACUCCGCUGAAAGCAGAUCGGGAUACUGCAGUAAAGGCGUUCAAGACGCUUUUCUGGGACAAGACGGGUAUUGACUGGGAGGAGAGGCUGGAUGGGGUCUUUCCUUCAUCCAAAACGGAUGUUGAUGGCAAUUUACUGCCUCCUCACGAGGGCUGGUUCAACUACGAGAAUCCAGGAGGCUUGAUAUCGAGUUUUCUUCGGGAGGAGGUGGUCGAGGCACCCGGUGAUAGCUCAAUGAUUGGGAAACAAGGCCAUCCACUGGAUUCGCAGGGGGAGAGAUAUGAGUCGAAUCAAGAUGAGGAGGGCGAAACAUCGGUGACUUGA